AUGGAGGAGGCCCAAAAGUUGUUUGAUGAAAUGCCCGAGAAGAACGUGGCUUCUUGGUCUAUCUAUCAUGAUUUAUUGGUACGGAAAGGUCUCCGUUUUAUUGAUGCAAAACUUGGGGAUGUUCCUCGUGCUCGAGCUCUUUUCGACAGCAUGCCCUCAAGAGAUUUGUUUUCGUUCAAUUUUAUCAUUAACAUGUAUACCAAGGUUGGAGAAUUAGUGUGUGCUCGUCAAUUAUUCAAUAAGAUGCAGGAAAGAAAUGUGAUUUCCUGGGGCAUCAUGAUAGAUGGGUAUAUAUGCCCAUCAUGGGAACGCCAAAGAAGUCUUGAAUUUGUUCAGGCAGAUGCUUUGCGAGGUAUUCAUGGGUUUGGAGAAGAAGCAUUGAAGUAUUUUGCUCUAAUGGAACUGGAAGGAAUGCAAAUGGAUGAUUUAAUUUUUCUUGGUGCUCUUACAGCAUGCUGUCAUGCAGGCAUGGUAUCUGAAAGCCUUCGUAUCUUGAAUAAGAUGACAAGUUCCUACAGAAUUGAACCUAAACAUGAACACUACAGUUGUUUGGUGGAUCUCCUUAGCCAGGCAGGGCAACAAGAUAAAGCUUUAGAAACUUUAGAUGCUAUGCCCAUCAAAGCCAGUUCAACACUCUGGGGAUCACUUCUUCUGGCAUGUCAAAUCCAUCAAAAUGUGUCUCUUGCUGAAACCGCAGUAGAGAGAUUUGUGGAACUGAAGGCUGAUGACUCAGGAGUCUAUGUUCUUUUGUCAAACAUAUAUGCAGAUGCAGGAAUGGGGGAGGAUGCACUGAAAGCACGAAGACUGAUGAAGGAUGCGUUCGUGCCCCACGGUCGUGAGGCACGAACACGUGAAGAAAGGCCAUUCUCUGGCUUUAUCAAGCCAGAGAGGGCCACAGAGAAAGGGAAAAAGGAAGAACAAGGGGACUGGUCUGAGAAAACAAAAGGAAGGAAUAAACGGGGGGAAGACAGAGACGAACAACAACAAGAAAAACGCAGGAGAAGACCCCCCCAUCUCCUGGGUUCAAGCCUCCGUCACCAUCGACAUCGUCUUCACCUUCACCCCGCAGCUGCACCAGCCCUAGCAGCCCUUCCAUACGGUGAACAUAUAGCAGUCCACCAUAACAGAAGGGACACGAAGGAGAAAACCGGAGCAAGGAGAACCAGUGAAAAUAAGAAGAAACAGGGGAGACUGUCCGGCCAACAAGUAACCCUCUUUCCCCCCAUCGUGCCCCUGAGGCCAGCGUUCACCAGCGCCUCCUCAGACGUGAGAGGUUUCUUCUCCGCCCGAGCUGAAUCGCCAAUCGUGGGCAUCGUCUCCCUCAGCCUUGCCAGGUAA